AUGGAGAAGUACGGCCUGGUCAAGGUCUACCGCACUGUGUCCCUCCUCUUCCCUGCGAUUUACGUGUUGACGCCCUUGCUUGGAUUUGCGGUACCAUGGGCAGGUGUUGCGCCUAUCAUCUCCGUGGUCUCCAUACUUGGGAAGCAUAUCCUUGCUGGCUCUGCAGUGGCUCUCGUUUCCCUCCUGGUACUCAACACAACACCUGACGCGUACUCGGCGGGAACUGUUGUGGGCUUGAUGCAGAUUGCCAGUCUGUUCAAGGCAUUUGCCGUUGCAGUCAGCGGGACAUCGUAUUACUUUAGCAGCGACUUGAGCGUUCAGAGUACCAAUUUGGGCCUCUGGGCUUGCCUGUCCCUGUUUGGCAUUGCUGGAGCGGCACUUGCAUGGUUCGUCAAGGAGCGACCUAGUGUGGUAACAGACUAUCCAACCGAGGUUCUGUGCUGGGAAAUGUGCUUUGAUGCGGAUGCGGAGAAGCAGAUGAGCGUGGACUCGGAUGAGGAAGAAGAAGAUGAAGAAGAAGCAUAG